UACUCGUGGACCUCGCGUUGCUGUGUGUUUAUUACUAAGUUACCAAGCUACCAAACUGCUACCAAACCCAAUCGUUUCCCUCUUGAUAAUUCAAUUGUAUUUUAUACACUUCACUAGACAGAAGAGUCCGACAGGAUUCUCUCGUUGCCAAUAUGGCCGAUCCCAAGCUGUCAAAGAUACCGGCAUGGCAGCAUGCACAGUAUGAGAAGGAAAAAGAUGCGCCGGAAAAUAGCAACUCUCAGGAUGUCGAUACGACAGAAGUUACCCUCGACCAAGCCCGAAAGUUUCUGAAGGACGAGACGGUUCAAAACUCAAGUAUAGACAAGAAAAGGGAAUUCCUCAAGGGAAAGGGACUUGACGAUACCCAAAUCAAACAAUUGUUAGAUGAAGUUGAGCAAGAUGCACAGGCUUCGAACCCACCCACGACUAAUGAAUCCAACGACGAGGCAAACGGGAAACAGGCUGCCGCAGAAGAAAGUAGAGAUGCCGAGAAGAUUAUCCAAGCUGCUUCAUCGUCAACAAGCAACCUAGCACCAAUCAUAACCUAUCCCGAAUUCCUAACCACUGCGCCUAAACCAGAACCUCUCAUCACGCCCUCCCGUCUCGCCAACAUCCUCACCGUCUCCGGCAGCAUAUGGGCGCUACUCUACGGUACCGCACGCUUCGCCAUCAACCCUAUGAUCGGCAGCUUGAACGACGCGCGGACCGACUACUACGCACACGUAAGCGAGAAGCUGGGGCAGCUGGUGGAGAAGCUCGAGGAUACCGCUAGCGAAGUCCCGUAUCACAACGGCAAGCCGUUGAAGUCGAGGCUAGACGAAGGUUCAUACGCAGACGAUGAGAGUACUUUCAGCGAUCCCACCGAGCUCUUCCACCGGGACAUCGGCACGCAGACGUCGCCCGUGAUGAUGAACCAGGAGUUCGGGUCCAGCACGAACAGCCUAGCCGACAAGCCUAUCGACUCUCAAGCCCGCCGCCUUACCGCCCUCCGGGCUUCUCUGCGCGAGAUAAGCGACAUGCACGUGCGUCAUGCCGAAGGCGCCGCGGACCUAAAUUCCCUCCUGCGGGAGGUCCGCGACGAAGUCGACAAGAUAGGCCUUCCGCCCAUGAUGGACUUUUCUUCUAUCCACGGCGGGCUGGGCUACGGCCGUAGCACAGAGCCCACAGACGAGGUGAAGAAGACCAAGGAUGCGAUCCGCAGCAUCAAGGGCAUGUUCUUGAGCUCGAGAAGCUUUCCUACCACGACGACACGAUAGGAGAAGAGAGCCGCCGUCUUGGAUUUGCGCGAUGACCUGGCUGCGGAGAACUACGCUCAAGCUAUAUCCCCCAAGUUAAACUCGCGGCCGGACUCUGCCACAAGAUAUUAAAACUCUAGAGGUUGGCGAUGAUGGGGUAUGCGUCCGGAUUGUUGGUGCUAGUUGCCAUAUUUCUGAGUGUAAAGCAUCAUAGUAGAAUCCAAUUCCUCGAACACCGCUCAAGCGGCCCCUGUUUAGAACUGGGGAUAUGGGCGUACGGUACUAGAGGAACGGAAUACCACGUCUAGUUCGGCGAGGUCGUGGUCGUGACCUUGGCGGAUUGCGAUGGCAACCUAAUUUAUAAUGAGAACGUGGAGUCAAUUGUUAUGAUAGGGAACUACUUUGGGGAUUGGUGUUAAAUGUCAUUAGGGUAUGGUUGCAUGGAGAUGGUUCUCUACUUCUUGACAAUACAUGGCAUGAAUAGGGAGCAGAAUGCCUUAGUUCUAUUGAAAAAAAGUAAUGAAUUACCAAUCUAUACCACCGGUGCUAUUUCGAUAUCACGCUACCUGUUAGUGAAAAAAGGGGCUACAUCCUCACUUGCUAGUAGUAUUCUCCGUGGUUUUGGCAACAUGCACAUUGAUCUCAAUAG